AAAAGCACCGCAAAUAGUGCUAAAAGCACUAAGUUGGCAACACUGAUUACAUCGCUCAAUUUGACAAGAAUAUAGUUGAAUUAACAACACUGUUUAGUGAGAACUUUUUUGUUGCGUAUUCCACUGAAAAAAGUAAUCCUUUGAAACGCAUUAAAAUGGCCAAUACACCCGCUCCUGCUGCCGGAUCUGCCCCUGUUAUGCGUGGUUUGCACAACUUGCAAACUAAACGUCAAUUGGCUAUUGCUAUUGGCUUGACUGCCUGUGUUACAGUCGCCUUCAAAAUCUUGGUGAACAACCCCAAGAAGGAAGCCUACGCUGAAUUCUACAAGACCUACGAUGCCCAAAAAUCUUUUGAACGCAUGAAGGCCAAUGGUCGUUUCCAAUCUUGCUAAAUUAUGUGCUUUCUUGGAAACAUUUAGCCAUGUACAUUUGCUAGUUUAAGCUUUAGCAGUAUAAUGAAAAUGAACUAAAACAACCAAAAUAGAAAAAAUUUCUAUACGAAAAAAAAAGAAAACCAAAAAAAAAAAAAAAAAUGUGUUCUUUGUUAAUCAUUUCAAAUUAAUCAUCAAAACACUACGAACUUAAGAAUAAUAUUCAAUCAUUAAGUUUUAUCACUUUAUCAA